GUCUCCAUCCUUCAACAGUCACAUUCAUCUUCUCUCCACAAAUGCCAAAGAAACAAAUGAAAAGCAGAGAAAGCAAGCCAAAGCAAAAGCAGCCUGAACCUCUUUUCUUAUUCCUCGCUUCCUCUUUCUCUCAGACUCUUCACUUCUUCUCUCUACAAUCCAAUCUCCUGAUCUUGAAAGCUCUUCUCUUUCCACACUCAUCUCGCUUUCCACAUCCUCUUCCCCUUUAAGAACCAGUAAACACUUCACUCUCCCACAAAGAUCCCCAUGGAUGCCUUGUCUAUGACCGCCUGAGGUCCAACCCACUCCUCCUGGCAUGGAAACCAUCGAGAAACAUCAUGGCUUGGUUCCCCUUGAAGACACCAAAGACUGCUCCCAUGGCUUCUGUACCAUCUUCUGCCCUCAGUGGUGUUACAUCCUCUUCCCUCCGCCUCCCUCCUUACCCCUUUCCGAUGAUGAAGAAAGCUCCGGGUCCGCGUUUUCCCCGCUUGUAAUCGGCAUCAUCGGCAUACUUGGCGCCGCCUUUCUCCUCAUCGGCUACUAUACCGUCGUCACCAAAUACCGCAACGCCUCGUUGUUUCGCCGCCGGGGUCCCUCUGACCACGACCAACUGGAAGAAGAAAGCGUCGAGCAGUCACAGCGCCAAGAAAGCUGGCAUCUUCAGUCAACAAACGGUCUCGAUGAGGCGCUCAUUGCCAAGAUCACAGUUUGCUGGUAUAAAAGAGGGGACGGACUUGUGGAUGGCACGGAUUGCUCCGUUUGUCUUGCGGAGUUCAGAGAAGGCGAAAGUCUUAGGCUUCUUCCUAAGUGUAGCCAUGCUUUCCAUCUUCAGUGCAUUGAUACAUGGCUCAAGUCUCACUCAAACUGCCCGCUCUGUCGCGCCAGUAUUGUGGUUCAGAGUUCGGAUUUGGAAAGUAGACUGGUUUCUGCUUCAGAUCAUGAGCAGGAGAGAGUGGUGGUAGUUGUAGAUGAUUUAGAUUUGGAGAGGAAUGGAGAAGAAGAAGAUGCUGAAAGAGAGAUUGAGGUGGAGAAUGAGGGAAACACCUGCAAGGAUUUCCAAGCGAUUGAGAUUGGGGAAGAAGAUAACAGGCCCUUGAGGCGCUCUGUUUCGAUGGGUUCGGUGUCUGGAUAUCGGGUAUUGUCCAUUGCAGAUGUGCUGCAGGAGAGCAUGGAGGAUGGGCACUUGCCAGUCUCCGACGCCCGCUGCGAGUCAACAAGGCGCGGCGGAGGAGAGAAUAGCAAGGGGAGAACGGGAAAAAGCAAAGGAUUGCACUCUGUUAUGAGUUCAGUUCAAAUGAAGAGAUCAGUUUCAAGUGGCAAAUCUUGCUUUACAAGGAAGGGAAGGGGAGGAGUUCGCUUUUUCUGUUUUGAGGAAUUGCAACAGAAAUCUGAUGGAGAAGAAGCCUCCUCUGGUACUUCGUCCGAAUGAGAGUGAGGUGGUUAACAAAUCAUGCAUCAAUUUUAAGAUUUGAUGUAAGGUGGAUGUACAUCGAAAUUAUGAUAACAAGCCUUUUUUUCCCUUAAUUUCUCUUCUUGUUAUGUAAAGGAAAUACUUCUCCUUGGAGUUAUGGACGUGAAAAAGAAAGGAUUUUGAUGCAUGAUUCAAUGCAUUACUUCGAUAUUUA